AUGGCAGCCGCCACGGCCGCCGAAUCCACUGGUCCCGAAACAUCUUUGGCCACCACGAAGCCAUCGCUGGGCGAAGACGAAACUGCCGGCAAAACC